AUGCUCCCCCACAGCAACGCCAGCCUCUGGACCACGGCAUCCUGGGAGCCAUUUGUGCUGCAGGGGUUUGGGGGCGGGGUGGAGCCCCAGGCCCUGCUCUUUGCGGUGCUGCUGGGCCUGUACGUGGUGAGCGUCCUGGGCAACUUCACCAUGGUGGCACUCACCAGCCUGGACGCCCACCUGCACGCCCCCAUGUACUUCUUCCUCAAGAACCUGUCCCUGCUGGACCUGUGCUACUCCUCGGCCAUCGCGCCCAGCGCCCUAGCCAGCGCCUUCUCCCCACCCAAGGCCAUCAGCUUUGCCGGCUGUGCCGCCCAGCUCUUCUCCUUCUCGCUGCUGGCCACCACAGAGGCUCUGCUCCUGGCCGUGAUGGCCUAUGACCGCUUCCUGGCCAUCUGCAGCCCCCUGCACUACCCUGCAGCCAUGAGCCGCUUGGCCCAGGUCCGCCUGGUGCUGGGCGCCUACUGUGGGGGCAGCCUCAACGCCCUGGUGGAGACCAGCCUCACCUUCCGGCUGCCCUUCUGCAGCUCUACCCGCAUUGACCACUUCUUCUGCGAUGUGCCCCCACUGCUGCGCCUGGCCUGUGCUGACACAGCCCUCAACCAACGCGUCAUGUUCGCCAUCUGUGGCCUCAUCAUCGUGGGCACCGCGCUGGCGGUCCUCGUCUCGUACGGCUACAUCGUGGUGACCGUGCUGGGAAUGCGCUCGGGGUCAGGGCGGCACAAGGUCAUGUCCACCUGCGGCUCGCACCUGGUGACUGUGUCCCUGUUCUACGGCACUGUCUUUGUCGUGUAUGGCCAGCCCAGGGGCGUGGGCUCUGUGGAGCAGGCCGAGGCCGUCUCCAUCUUCUACACCCUUGUCAUCCCCACGCUCAACCCCCUCAUCUACAGCCUGCGGAACCGGGAGGUGAAAGAAGCGCUGGGGAGGCUGGGGCACAGGUGCGCGGCCGCGGGCAGGACGGGGGCCAGGAGAGGCCACAUCUGGGCCCCUUAGAGCAAGGCCCCUGCCCCUCUCCUUGU